UUUGAUUGUGUUUUCUUAUUGUGUUCUAAAUUCAAAAUAUUUGUUUACAUUUUAGAUUUACCUUUGUAUUAUUUAUUAGUUGUAUUGUUCUUAACUAAGUCUUUAACCGAUUAAUCGUUCUGUUCUUUUUUUUAUAUUUAAUUGUGCUUAUACAAUAUUUUUUGCAUUUCUCAAGUUUUAUUACAUUAGAAUAAAAUGUCCAAGAGAUUCCGGGAUAAGAAUGAUCAUUUGAGAAAUGGUAAAAAGGCAAAGUUGGAGGAGGAGGACUUCUGGGAGGAUGAACUCGAUGAAGAUGCUAUUGAUAAGGCCUUUGAAAUUGCUACUCAGCAAGAAGUAAAUAUACAAAAUGAUGUCACAUACAAUACAUUCAAAAAUCCUAACGGCUUUGCUUGCUCUACCCAAGCACAUAUAAUAAGCACAACAACCAAAAGUUUUUCAAUUAAGGAAUUGGAGCUUGAAGUAAAAAAAUUAAGGCAAGAAAAUUUGGAGAAAGAAGGAGAGAUUUCAGUGCUCAGAAGUAAAAUCAAACAAAGCACUAAUGUUGUACAUUUGGAACAACAGAAAACCACAAAUGAAUGGAGAGAGAAAUUACAUGCUACAGAAAAAGAGGUUAAAGCUGUUAAAAGUGAAUUAGAAUUUAAGAAUCUGGAAAUCGUUAAUUUGAAACAACAGCUAAGUGCAAAACAAAAUAUGGUUAAGAAAAUUAAUUUAGAGACCAGCAUUAAUAAUACACAACAGUUGGCAGCACAAGAUCUUAUUCUAAGGGAAAAUUUUGCAGGACCAUCAGGUUAUCAGAAAUCAAUUGAGAAUAAAAUAAAACCUAUUCAAAGGAGAAAACCAAUUAUAGAACCAAUAUAUGCUCUCAAGUCAAUAUCUCCAAGUAGCUUUAUAUGUACUCCAGAAGAUUGCCACAUAAUAAAAAGCCACUCAUACCGAAUAAAUCGACGAAACACAAUUCCUUAUUUACAAAACCAACAGAACUAUAAUGAAGAUACCUUCCAUCACAAAUGCUCAAAAUUUAAUAAUAAAAGGAUAACGCUUGAAAAUAUUUACCCAGAAAUUUUGACACUAGUUCACACAUCUUCUCAGGAAAUGAAUUGUGAAAGUUCCUCUGAAAGUGUUGUUAAAGUAUUUUGUGUAGGACUGAUUUUGCUUAAAGAUUUUAUGGGUUAUUUAGAAGAAUAUGGUUCACAUUUAAGGACAGAAGAUAUUCAGCAAGCAGAUGUGAAUUAUGUAAUUCAAGAUGUAAAUGGCCAGUUAGGCACUGUUUCACGGCAACUUGGUAUGGAACAGAGCAAAAUAAUAGAGAUUUUGUCGAUAUUGCUUUCGUGUAAUCGACGUAUUGCAGAUUUUGUUUGUAGAGAUAAACUGUUGAAGUUACCACCAAAGCUUAAAAAAUAUGCAAUUCUUAUACCUCAUCGAAAUGGGGCAGUGCAGAAUAAUUUUUAUUUUUUAAAUUUAGUGCACGGAAUUUUACAGAAUAUUGGAAAAUAUAGAUUAACAAAACAAUGUAGUUGUUUUAUCAAAACAAUAAUAAAACUACUGCAGAAUAUAACAAAUUUGGAAACUGAAAUUGAUAUGGGUGUCAUUGCUAGAAAUAAUGAUUUAAAUAAUAAAAUUUUUAAAUCCAUAGUAUUUUCAAGGCCAGAUUUUGAUGUAAUAGAGCAAUUAUCAUUUAUAUUAAAAAGUGCAUCACAGUCUAAAAGCUUAUUAAACUUUUUGUUUAAUAAGCAUACAGAAUAUGAAUUGCUAAAGACGGGACCAAAAGGCGUUCUUAAUUUUAAUGAAGAUGUAUGUACGUUUUGUGUUUUAACCCUCUUACUAGAAAACUACAUAAAUAAAUCUCCUAAGGUGCCUAUACAAGUAUGCAGUAAUAUGUUAAGUUUCAUCUAUAGGACGUUUAAAAUAUCACAUUGGAUACACCACGAAAUGAGCCAAAAAGUAUGUUCCCGGGGGUGUUCUUGUGUUUCUCAAUUAUAUAAAUUAGAAAUUGACCUAGUGUAUAAAGAAUUUAGUGAAUUUCUAAGGGAACAGGUUUAUAAGGAAGAUUGGACCACAUUUUUAAAGUAUGAAUUUGUGGAGAGAGUUUUAUACCAGAUGAGCUUUAAUAACCUGGAAUUGGUAGAAAAAUAUGUCAUGGUAUUUUCGCAUUUCAAGGAAAUAGCAAAUUCUUUGGAAAAUGAAGGUCUGUUGACCAAUAUGCAGCUGAAUAGCCGUGAAGAACCACUGAAAAUAUCACCCGCCAGUUUCCGAAAAGAUUUCUAACGUUAAGCCAGUGUAUUAAGUGUUGUUAAGUUGUAAAAAAAAUAAUACCCAAUUUUGUAAAUUAUAUUGUUUGACAUCUUUGUUUAUGAAAAAAAAUAUUUAAAAAAAACCUCGUCUCAA